AUGUUGUCGGCAAGGACUGCGGAUCCGGGCACAGCAAAGAUUGCCAUCGUUCGACGCGCUGAUGGCCGAACAUUGCGGAAGUUGUGCGACAGAUGCCAUCAACAAAAGUUGCGAUGCGUGGGAGACAAGGCCUCAUUGACUCGAUGCAAGCGCUGCCAAAGGGCUGGACUCGAAUGCGUGUACGGCGCGAGAUCGAGCAAGAAGGCGACCCAAUGCAGCAUCGACAACUUUGCCACCUGGGACAGCUGGCCCGGAAAUUCGGCGACUCCGACAUUGAACGAUCCGGUGGGCGAGCUGGACACCAUGUUUGGUCUUGAAUUGGCACAUUUCGACGACGUCUUUCCGAUUUCUCCCACAUCUCGGCCCACCACUGGCGUUAGUACCUCAUGUGCCGCCCCCAACUUGCCCGCGUCUGAGAAUAAUGCCGGGACUCUCGUCGAAUCUGCGGUAGGCAUGCCCUUGCUAUCCUCAGGCGGCUCAACUGAAGCAGGCGAUGAGCCCAUAACCGAGUUUCCCAAUUUGUCGGCAGAGCUUGCCAAGGCUUUCCAGAAGUUGGAAGCAACAUUCCUUAGGACGGUGGAGGGUCAGACGGGCCGACGGGCUCAAGAUUUCUUGAGCGCCAUUGGAGGUUUCGUGCGAGCUCUGAAGCUUAACAAUGUGGCGGGAGCAGACCCCCUUUGCGCACGUCAAAGCCCACACGACGCGCAUCUGCGGAGCAAAGAAGCGUCGAUAGCCGCGCAAGGUUAUGUGCUGUGUGUCAGGCUUGUAGCGUUCCUGUUGGAGCAGAUGCUCCAGGGUCUCUUGACAUCGCCAUCGCCGACUGCUUCUGGCGGCUCAACCAACCCUCACAGCACACAAGGCGCAAGUAGUCUGAGAAUCAGUCUGGAGGCUUCGGGUGGCAAAUUCUCUGAUGCGAGUCUUGUUCCACACAGUCUUCGACUAGGAGAUCUGUUCAUGCCCCUAGGCCAUUUCGGCCUCGCAUUGAAUUCCAGCGUCGACCUCCCCCGCAUUAGCUGCAGCCGACUCAACGAGAUAGAGCACUUACUUGGGAUACCCUCUAAGCAACGAGGACAGAGCAUGUCGUCGCUAGUCUGCCUAGAGCAGAUGGGUCUCGCUCAGCAGGCACGCCCAGAUAACGAUUCUCCAAGACCGUCGUUGCCAGCUCGCUUCGUCGCAGCAAUAUGGGAGGACGAGGCAAGCAUCAACAACAAGUCCGCUGUGGUGUACCUACAGGGCUGUCGUGCUGCAAUUCUGGGCCUUGCCGAGCAUUGUGCUUGA